AUGGAUUUUAUCGUGGAAAAGAUUUCCGAAGAUUCAUUUUAUAUUAAUUUAUUAGUAGGUCUCCCUCAAUUAUUAGUUUUAAUAGAAACAAUGGGAAUUAACGAGUAUAAUUUAGUAAGAUUUCCUCCUGUAAGUGAACCAGAAAUUAUACAAUGGGAACAUAAACAUGGUGUUACCCUCCCUGAGGAUUUGCACGACUUUUACAGCUCUAUAAAUGGAUUUUUGUACGAAUGGUUUUAUGACUUUAAAGGUAACAGAAGGAACCUGGGAAAAGUUGAAGUUAAUUCGUUAGAAAAUUUAAAACAAAUUUUUGGAUACGUUACUACAAGCGAACCUGGUAUUAGUAAAAAAGAUCAAAUUUGGGAAAUCAAACUUUCAUUAGAAAGCAAAGUUUUUGAAAUUUGUUCUGUCUCUGGAGGAAAGGUCGUGUUAGUGUAUUUGUUUCCAAAGCUAGAACCAUCGGUUUGGUUUUUCACAUGUGUUAUGGAUUUUUGUUACUUAUCAAAAGAUUUUAAAACGUAUCUAAAGAUGUGUAUCGCUCACGUAGGAAUUCCCAAUUGGCAAUUCGCCUUCACUCCUGAAGGAAUAUCUGAAUGGACAAAAAAUCACGAACUUGUAAAAAAGCAGACGCAACUAAAAUAUCAGCGAAAACCUCUGUAUUAUAUAAAAAAACAUUAA